CUUGAAACCACAUGCUUAUAUGUGAUCCCGGCGGAGGCAUAUUUGUGCAAUGUCGAGUGUUAUAGAUUGCAUCACAGAAGGCAGCGUCUGGAAGCUUAAGCAGCUCCUUCCAACGCUCGGCACGAAACACCUCAAUCUGGGGCUUAUACAGGCAGCUAAACUCGGUACCACAGAAUGUUGUCAGUGCCUGAUAGGCGCUGGAGCGGAAAUCAACUUCGUCAGCAACGCCAACUACACACCUCUUACAACCGCCAUCAAACACAACAAACCGGAAGUUGUGCGGCUGCUUCUCUCAUCCGGGUGUUCUGCGGAAAACAAAGGCGGACUAAACAGCUAUCCGCUUCAUAUCGCGGUACAACACGGCUUUGAAAAGUGCGUAAACUUGCUACUGGAAUACGAUGCCUCAGUAAAUGUUAAGGAUGCUGAAGGUAAUACACCAAUAGUGCUAAGUGCUAUUAACGGUCAUUACGGAGCAAUGAGAAGUCUGAUUCAAGCCGGUUGUAAUAUAAAUGCCGCAAACAAACAUGGCUUGACAGCGUUGCAUUACGCCUGCCACAAAGCUCGUGGGUUCCAAGUGCUCUUGGACGCUGGGGCGGACCCGGAUGUAAGGGAUAAUGACAAUAUAACACCUAUAUUAAUGGCGGCAUCUGAAGGAUUCGAUGUCGUUGUGAAGGCCUUGGUAGAAGCUAAAUGUGAUGUGAAUAUUCCGAAUAACUCUGUUAAAAAGACUGCGUUACAUAUCCUGUCUUUUAAAGGUCACACCGAAUGUAUUAAUGCGCUGGUGUUUGGAGGCGCGGACAUAAACGCGUGCGAUGUCUAUAACAGAACACCGCUGUGGUAUGCCAUACAAAAUAAUAAAGUGAACGUGGUAAGGUUGCUAUUAAAAGCCUACAGUCACGUCGACACUUUCCAAUGCGGUGCCACUUCUACAUCAUACGACUGCCCAGCUCGUUUAGCGUUUCACAAUAAUAUGUUUGAUGUCGUAAAAUUCUUUAUUUUAACUGGAUAUGAUCAUUCUCACGUAAGAGAAAUUUUACAAAGUAACGCGUAUUCUGAUUGGCUGUUGUCAGUGGAAGAGUUUUACCAUUGGUCCGAUUUUGGAACUGGUGCGCAGACUUUGAAACAACUAUGUCGUAAGUGGAUUCGACAUCAUCUUGGGCGACAGUUUUACCACCACCUGCAAAUUCUACCUGUUCCGGAUAUAAUCAAGAGUUAUUUGUAUUUAGAAGAAUUACACGACCAUUAAUUUUAAACACAUUCUAAUGUUUACAUACGUUAGUUCUCCAUGCAAUGUUUGUUUGGCAUUCGUAAAGCUGGUACUUAGUUCCAUUAAGCAAAGCGUCGUCAAAUAAGAUUGGCUGUGUUCAAGCAGUAUUACUUUGAGUCGCAUUCUGAGAAAACUGGGCAUAAUGCAUGUGCCUAAAGUCCGCACAUGCUUAUCAGGGACGACACUUUCCGCCUUAAUUGGAUUUUUGCUAUAAAGAGACUUUAGUUAAACGAAAAAUGUCAUAUAAGCGGAAACUGUCGUCCCUGAUUAGCCCGUGGUGACUGCACAGGCUAAUCUGGGACGACACUUUACGCACAUGCACUGAGCCCAAAUUUCUCGGAACGCGGCUCAUAUAAUUAUACUUAUGUUCAUUGAUGGUCGUAUUAAUAAGAGACAUUUUGUUCAUAAACAGCAGCCGCGUCUGCUUGGUGACUUUGUCUUUACAAAACACAUUUUAGGAGUAAAAUAGAAUGGCUAUAAAUAAUCUUAAAAUCAGUAAUGUGUCUCGGAGUUAACAAUCAAGGGAGACAAUGUCAAUAGUACUCUAUUACGUUGAGGUGAAAUGGUCUUUUCUUACCUUAGAACUAACUUUAUCAGCUGCAAAAGUCUCUGCUUUCAAGUAUAACAUUGAGUCGCGUUCUGAGAAAACUGGGCCUUCGGCUUCGGUCUAUAUACUUUUUGGGGCUGCCUGGCUGGUCACUAUUCUGUCAUAGGGCCCUGAGUGAGGUUUUCUAUUUCUUAAUUAGCGACCCGAGCCACUGAUGUUUAGGAAUUCUACUAAAAUGCUCUUACGUCGCUAGAAGGAGAUUGCCGGUGUAUGUGUGCAAAAAGUCCCAAAUGUUUUGUUAGUUAUAUAAUUUUUGUAAUUACCUUUUAAUGCGAACUGAGAUGUUAACUCGGCCAGGUCGGAAGAACAUCUGACUGUUCUGAUAAAAAAACGCUCGCUUACAUACUGCUUAAU